CUAAGGUACACUUUGAUUAAAAAAGAAGAAGAAGGAUACUAAGGUACAGAACUAAAGUUAUACUUUCAGUUAAUUAAUAAAGUAGAUGUUUUUCUCUACUCUAAUUUGCUACAAUAUGAAUGAGAUGCUAACCUAUGUCUAUGAGUAAAGCUGGGAAAUUUAGAGAGGUGUAUUAGCAUCUAAUCAAAUCAAAUGACAUAUCACUGUCUUUGUCUUUGUGUUCCCAUGUGAGCAUUUCUCGAAGGGAGCGAGUCCUCUCCGCCAUAAAACUAGUGAAGCCAUCUGGCCAUUUGCCCACUUUCAUAGUCUUCUGUUAAUUUCAGAGCUCCCAGUUUUAUUUUCUUCUUGAUUUUAAUGGUCUAGUUUUGGUUAACUUUGGGGUUUUCUCAAUGUGCUAUCUGGGCCAGUUUUAGUCUUUACUAUUUAUUUGGUUAAAAGCAAGAAGCUUUUGUAAUCAUGAUUCAAAGGGUGUGAUUUUGGAGAGAAAGAGAAGGUCUUUAGUCUUUAGGUGAUGGUUUUAGCUUGUGGGUAAGGUAGUGAGCAUGCAAAGUAAAGAGAACUGGUAAAACACAUAUCUGGGUUAUUGAGCUUUUCUUUUUCAGAGAAGAUUGGAGGUGUUCUGUAUGGUUUGCUUACUCUCCUGCAGGUGUUUGGUGAAAUGCUUAGAGUGAAAAAAGGCUGAGUCUUUAAAGGUGAUAUUAGUGGUUUUCUGAUGAGAUUUGGAGGCAAAAAUGAAAUCUUUGAGUAGUGUAGGACUUGGUUUGAGUGUGAUUUUUGGCUGCUUAUUCUUGGCUCUAAUUGCUGAGCUUUACUACUUGCUUUGGUGGAAGAAGAGGCUGACCAACAGAGAAAUUGAAGAUGACUACAGCAGUCCAUCAAAGGAGGUGUUCUACAUGUUCUGCUGGAGAAGGACUUCUAAGUCUUUGAGCCACAUGGCUCAAAGCCCCCAACACCUAUGUUCUUCAUUCAGAAUCACUGACACUCUUGUCCAUGAACCAAGUGCUCAGCUUCAGCUUCAUAUGCACACAGCAAGAAACAAUGAUUUGCUGCUCAAACCCUUCGAAGAAGAUGAGCUGGAUGCAGAGCUUAUGAGGCUGCAAUGUGCUUCUGGUCCACCAAGACACCUCUUCACAAUUGUAGAGGAAACUAAGGAGGACUUGGAAUCUGAAGAUGGGAAGUCUAGGUGUGGUGAUAGGAACCAAAAGGGGUCAAGAAGUAAGAGUCUGAGUGAUUUGCUUAUCACAGUGGAGACACCAUAUUUGACACCUUUGGGCUCUCCAACUCUUUGCACACCUCCACUUACUCCUUUGGACUCUCGAAACCAACAUGGAUUCACUUUCAGUUCUCCUCUCUUCGAAUCAAAGAGUGAUGCAGAGUUCAACAAGUUAAGGUCAUCACCUCCUCCAAAGUUCAAGUUCUUGCAGGAAGCAGAGGAGAAACUUAGAGUGAAAUUAAAAGAACAAGCUGAGAAGGGUCUUCAGAAUAUUGAUGUACCUGUUGAAGAUAAAGGAAGUAAAGCUAGUAAAGCUCCAAUGUCAAAGUUCUUUAAGGAUGAGGAUCAAGAUGGAUCUUAUAUCACCAUUAUUGUUGACAAGAACAAAGAGAGAGAGCUCAAUCACCAUCUUCAUCAUCUACAACACCACAAUUCAGGCACUUCACAGGUACUCCCUCUAGCAACUUCACCUUCAGCAUUCAGAUCAUCAAUCAACAAGAAGCCCAGUUUACACUAGAGCUCCAUGAACCAUUGUGAUCCUCCUUUUUUUAUUUAAUUAAUUAAAUUUUUGAUUUUAUCUUUGUUUUU